CAUAUUUUUAAGAUGGUCGAGUUCUGUGGAUAAAUCUAUCAAUUACAACUUUCUAUAACAUUAUAAUAAGUGAUCAACAAUGAAUAAUUAAAGCGGUUUAUCAACUUGACUUGUGGUAUAUUUUUCAUGUGUCUGAUUCGAAAUGGGCGACAGCAGCGACUCAGAAGAGUUCUACGACGCUGAAGACUUUACACCCGCUAGGGGAUCGAAGAGAUCAUCACUCUGCAAGAGUAUAAGCAUAACAGACAACUCUAGCGGCUCAGACAAAGAAAAGGAUAAGACGAGUAAUAAAAUUGAAGAUGAUGCUGCAGCUGUUUCCACACGGAGUAAAGAAACCCCAGUAGACGAACAUUCCUCUGUUAAAAAUGUGGUACAAGGUCGCCGUAGGUUCCAAGAGUUGCGGAGGUGCAUGCAAACGGAGGAAGAAGACGAACCAGAUGUGCCGCAACAGUCUGAUCAUGCAUAUGCCCUGGAGCAUCCAUUCAAAAUCAUAUCGCACGACACGAUGAGUCUGCAGAGUAUGACGUCACUCGGCAGGAUCGGCAGGAUACUCAGUGGGGCGGCGGAGUCGCAUCCAAACAUAAGAGAGAACAUUCCAGUACCUUCUGCAUCAUCGCGAGAGCCCUCCACGAUAUCUGACGAUCCUUUAAACACUGACAGAACUCAGAAUGUAUUAGCGAUGGCCGAGCCGGACGUGAUAGCGAGCACAAAAGCGAACAGUCUGAAACAGAGAGGGGGCGGCGCCGCCAUCGUGGCCGUCAGCCACACCCACCUGCCGGGGCCGGUCGCGCCGCCCAGGAAGAAGAAACGCAACAAGUUGCACGGCUCGCAGACACUGUCCACGGCUGAGGGGGACGACGUGAGCGUGUGCUCGCAGCCCGCGCCCGCACCCGCGCACGCACUUGCGCACGCACCCGCGCACGCACCUACACCUGCGCCUGCGCACGCGCACACACUCGGCGCCUCGCGCAAGCCGCACCUCGACUCGCUGCGGGUGGAGGCGGCUCAAGUAAGCACCUUGAGUCAGAGCAUGGCCCUGCCCAGUCCGGCGAGCACCAUCGAAUCGCUCACGAGAGAGUUUCAAGACUCGUUAGAACUCUCACAUUCUAAAUAUGCAAGCGACAUGUCCCUGGGCGACACGUGGUCGUCGCCCGCGCCGCCGCCCGCGCGCGCACACGCGCACGCGCACGCGCACGCACACGCGCACACGCACGCUGACCUCACUGGGACUAUUAAUGGUGAAUGCGGUCGCAAUGAAGAUACGCGUGCGGGUGCGCGUACGCACAGCGGUACGGCCAGCCUGGGCUCCACGACUCGGCGGGGCGAAGGCAGCCGCGCGCGGCGGCGCUCCGCGGGCGACUCGCCGGCGGAGGGCGAAGCGCCGGGCGAGGGCCUGCGCGCGCGCGCCGCCUCGGGCCGCCAGCUCUCCGACAUCGAGAUACUGGAGCAGGUCACCGUGCUCAACCUGGACACUGGUGCGUCACCCCGUACCCUGUUAUUAUGCUUAUAUUACUCUUUCAUACGAAAACAGCAGAUCGGAUCGGUAUGCAAUUUGGUGGAAACUGAUGAGGAAAGCGAAAGCGUGUGUGCUGGAGGCGUUGAGGACGAGACGAAAGAAGCUAAAAGGGAGUCGGUUGAUCGACAAACGACCGCCAUCAAGCGUAAAACUGAGAAUGUAAUUCGAGCCGAUCUCGUCAAGUGUCACUCCCAAGACAACAUAAACAUCAGGUUAAAGCGGUUCUUCGGUAGCACGGUAAAGAAGACAGUGGACGCGGCCAAAUCGCUAGCGCAGGAGGUGUCGCACGCGAGGCACAAGGAGGACGUGGCGGAGAUCGCGGACGACGUGCACGGGGAACACAACAUCAAGCUGAAAGCGUCCAACUCGCACAAGGGGCCGUACGACUUUGAUGGCUGCGUGCGAUAUGUUCAGGAGCUGGGCGGGGGCGGCGGGGCCGGCGGGGGGGGCGCGGGCGGCGCGGGGCCGGCGGGGCACGCGGGCGCGGUGUGGUGCUGCAAGUUCAGCGUGUGCGGGCGCCUGCUCGCCACCGCGGGGCAGGACCGCCUGCUGCGCGUCUGGGUCACGCGCGACGCCUACCACAUGUUCCAGGACAUGCGCACGAAGUACAACGCGGAGCAGAAGUCGUCCCCCACCCCGUCGCAGGAGUCGCUGGCGUCGCUGGCGCCGCCCCCGUCCCCCGAGCACUCGCCCCCGCUGGGGCCCGCCGCGCCCUUCAACCCCAAACCCUUCUGCGUCUACUCCGGCCACAAUUCCGACCUUCUGGACGUGUCCUGGUCGAAGAACUACUUCAUACUCUCCAGCUCCAUGGACAAGACCGUCCGGCUGUGGCACAUCUCGAGGGGCGAGUGCUUGUGCUGCUUCCAGCACAUCGACUUUGUGACGGCCAUCGUAUUCCACCCGCGGGAUGAUAGGUACUUCCUGUCGGGCAGUCUCGAUGGAAAACUGCGGCUCUGGAACAUUCCGGAUAAGAAGGUGGCCGUUUGGAACGAAGUGGACGGCAAAACGAAGCUGAUAACAGCGGCGAACUUCUGCCAGAACGGCAAGUUCGCCGUCGUCGGCACGUACGACGGCCGCUGCAUCUUCUACACCACCGACCAGCUGAAGUAUCACACGCAAAUCGACGUCCGCUCCACCAGGGGGAAGAACUCCACCGGCCGGAAGAUCAGCGGCAUCGAGCCCAUGCCCAACGACGACAAAAUCCUCGUGACGUCCAACGACAGCCGCAUCCGGCUGUACGACCUGCGCGACUUGAACCUGUCCUGCAAGUACAAGGGCUACGUGAACGUCUCCAGCCAGAUCAAAGCGUCCUUCUCCCACGACGGGAAGUACAUAGUGAGCGGCUCGGAGAACCAGUGCAUCUACAUAUGGAAGACGUGCCACGACUACUCCAAAUUCACGUCGGUGCGCCGCGACCGGAACGACUUCUGGGAGGGGGUCAAGGCGCACAACGCGGUGGUCACGUGCGCCAUAUUCGCGCCCAACCCGGACCACAUGAUCCGCAUGAUCAGCGAGCGGGAGGAGAAGCUGAAUGCGGGCAAGAGUCGGGAGGAGAAAGAGGAUGUGAAGGGUCCGGAAGGCGGCAUGGUGUCGUCGUCGCAGACGGGCCACGUGCUGGUGAGCGCGGACUUCAGCGGCGCCAUCCGCGUCUUCGUGCACAAGGCCAAGCCCAAGCACUCCUCGCUGCCGGCCUCCGCGCUCGCAUAACUUUCAUUCGUUCAUUUCAUUCAUUUCGUUCGUUCAUUUCAUUCAUCAAUCAUUCAAUCGUUCGUUUCAUUCAUUCAUUCGUUCAAUCGUUCGUUCGUCAAUUCAAUAAUGCUACAAAUUUAUCAUUCGCGAUUUUUUUUUUAUUUAAGGUUGCUGACAAUGCUCCCGAUAAAGUAUUUGACGAUGUGACGGUAAUUUGCAUACAUCAUAAGUAUUAACUGAUAGAUAAGAGCAACGGAACAUAUCCAGAAGUUGUGAGUGCGGCCACAAAUUGUCCGCCAUAAUCAGGGCGGACAGUUUUGUGAAAAGUCUUCGUCAUCCCAGACUCCGUCCUUCGCUCUCGCUAACAAGAACAUAACGCAUCGGUCUGAUCCUUUACGUUCCCGCUCGUGACGUAAAAGCGCCAAUAUGAAUUCGUUUUGGUAUCCGCUUACACUUGUGACAAUGACCACAAACAUUCGGGAUCUAUUUAUGACUUUAAAUUGUGACUGUAUGGCAGAUAAAAAUGGAUUGUUGAAGUCUUUUAAUUUAUAUGCAAUGUCUGUUGGUGUAAUCGGUAUGGGAACUCGGAACACAAGUGCAAUGUGCAAUAAAAGAAAUCAUUAAAAAAUUAGAUACAUCAAGAACAUUUUUGACGAUUCUAAGAUUUUUAAGCGUUUUGUAUUGUUUUCUGCCUAAAGAGGAAAACAGGCCAGAAACUUUCAAGCAUGCUUAAGUAAAACACUAUCUGUAGAUAAUUUACAUAAUGUAUUGAACGAAUAUAACUAUAAUAUUAACAACUAACUCUCUGUUAUAUCACAAUACGUCAUCCCGAAUCGCGUUAUUAUAAAACCAUUUGAUAUGUUGUUAAAUGUUUUCUAUAAUUUCGAUGUUUCGAUGUUUUAAAAUUUGGUCGUUUGUCCAAUGUAAUUUAGUAUAAACUUAUUAUUGUAAACCUAUUCUAUUUGAUAUAUCAAACAUAAAUCCAGAUAGAACGGUGAAAGAAUAUAAAAAUACAAAGAAAAAGUUACUAAUAUGAUAACAAUAAAAAAACUUCAUUUAUUUUAUAUCGAAGCUCGUUAUUCCCGUAAAAAAUUAACUUUUUCAGCAACAAUUAAAAAUUUCAAUCCAUACCAUUUGUAUAGGAUUCGGUAUAAUGUGGAUUAUAGCACAUAUUCACGUAUAUUCAGCUGUUGUUAAAAAUAGCCCAGACUUGAUUGUGUGAAAUUUUAUAAUCAAACAUAUUUUUUGAGGCAUCCCUAUUUAUAUAUGUUCAGAACCACGUUCUAUUUGAUACAAAUUAAUUUUGACACCGUAUUCAUUUGAGCAAAGGUUGACCUUAUGUGGGAUAUUAGACUAUGGAAACGAGGAAUGAUAAAAAUUCUUAACCAAAUGUGACUGUCACUACAAUAAAGGCAUCGCUGUUGGUAUUUUGGAAAAACGGUGAAUCUUUAUGUUCUUUUUAUAUUAAUAAAAGAUACAGCUGGAAUGGUUGGCAAUAAGUGAGGAAAGAAAGCUGCUUUCUAAACUGAUUGAAAAAUGUAUAGUUUCAGCGUUCAAUACACUUCAAAAUUACUUGCAUUUAAGUAAAAAUAAAUUGUCUCCCUUUAUUUUGAGCCACUUUGAAAAAUCUUGAAUUUAUGAGAUUUAAGCCAUGAAUCGUAUGACCCUAUACGCACAUAAAUAACAGAAUUCAAUUUAGUGGUUAUUCUUUAAUCGACCAAAUUAAUAUUUAUAUAUCACGUUUGUGUUUAAAACUAAUGGGUUGUUAUCACGGAUUACCAAAUGAUAAUCGAAUUAUGUCUUUAGUUAUAAUAGAAUAUAAAUAACUUAUAAAUGUAUAACAAUUAUUAUUAUGACUUAAAAAGUAAACACCUUCUCUAUAAAACCAUAUUAUAAAUUAUGUUAGUUAUUUCAAUAAAAUUGUGUUAAAAAAGUAUUUAAUGCUAACAUAUGCUUAAAUCGUGUAUAAUUUAUUUUCGUAUUUAUCAAAAAAUGUAUUAAAGUGUAUUUGUAUAUUUGUUAGGAAGUUAUACACCAAUUAAUAUCUCGUUUAUUUUGUAUAAGUUCUUGCCUCUAAAUAUUGUGAUUAAUAAAAUAAGUGUACAUUAAUAGUUGUAUAGAUCGCGAUGCCAUUGUAUUGUAUGUUUAACUGGCAUUUAUAUUUGAACAUAAAUGGGUAUAUAACAUGUU